AAGCGGAUGUUGACGGGUUGUUUUAAAGUGUUGGUGCUAACGGUACUUUUUUAAAAUCAAUUUAAUGUCAUAUCAUUGAACCGAGUAUAUUUUACUCUUACGUCGAACAUAGCCAGUCUGAUCAUGUUAAUAUUACCGCCAAGAUGCGCUGAAUUACUGUCGGUGUUAAGAAUAACCAGGAAUUGGAAAAUGAUGCUGUUUCCAUGGAGAUGAAAUUAUACGAUGAACAACAACUUGCUAGCUAACGUUAGCUGCUGACAAUUUAGAUAGCUGUUUGUUUACAUAGCAUACCUUAUAAAUACAAAUAGAUGAUAUUGUUAUGAAUGUGAAGAGAGAUGCCAUCGGGGUUUCAGUCCUCAAAGCACCAGAGUUUGGGGCUUUCCAGGAAUAAUGGUGCUCGUGUUUUACAUUUUGAACCUCCACCGGACCAUACAAAAUUAACACAAGCAGCAGCAGAGGCUGCUGAAAACCAUGACAUCGCUCAUCGGCUGAGAUUCAACACUCUGACUCUGGAUGAACUGAGUGAGGAGCUUGAUAGGUGCACCAAGGAAACCCAGCAACUUCAAGAAGAAGUAGAAAAUGCAACAAAAGAAGCCUUGGAGAGGUUUGGAUGCACUAAUGUCUAUGACCCACCUGGAGAUUUCACCAUUCUUUCAACCCACCAGCAGGCAUCAACUCAGCCCAGGACGGUCUGUGAUCUGGAUAAGUUGAACCAAGACAUGGCCCUCAGCUCUCCAGGAAAGGAGGGGCUGGUUAAUGCAGUAGAUGACUGUAUUCAACAUCUGUCUGACUUGCAGCUCCACAAGUCAAAUGAUCAACUUGAACAAGACACAUUGAGUUUUGACAGAGCCAUCAUGAACCUGCAGACUAAGCUGCAAAGAGUUCAGAUGGAGAAGGAUGUUCUGUCUGACCUCAGAUUGAAGGAUUCAAGGAAACAUGCUGAUCAGAUGGAAAAGAUGCUGUGCAUGUUGGAAGAGCUCCAAAACAUCAAAAGGGUCGCGGACCAGAAGCUGCAGGACACAGAGGCUGAGACUUUGGCACUUAACAGGAAAGUAGAGACACUGGAACAUAUUAUAAAGGAAACAUACUCUUCACUGUUAUCUCAUGAAACACCGUGUGGAAACCACACUGUCACUAGUCAGAACUUCACCACAGGUUCGGUACAGCUAUUUCCGACUGCUGAGUUAACUGAGGAAUUUAAUGAUAGGACAGACAAGAUGGACAGGAGACAUUGUUUGCCAGUAGAACAUCUGGGGAGUGAACAGUGCAGUGGAACAGAUGAGCAAAAGGAAAGAAUGGAAGACCUAAUUGCACAUCUUGGCCAGGAGAUGGCACUGUUAACUGACAAACUGAGCUCAUCCAAAAACAGCAGUAUUAGUUUAAGCGUCAAGUUGGAGCAGCUAAAGAAAUUUGGAGAGAGACAGACUUCACUGCACCAGUACCAGCUCAUUCAGGCUCAGUCUCAGCUGAUGGAUGCCCAGAAUGAGAGAGAGCAAGCUUUACAGCAGGCAGAGGAGCUACAGUCACGGCUCGACCAACUUAAGACAUGUGGUGAGCAGCAGCACUGUGAGCUCCAGGGGCAGGUGAAGGCCCUAAGAGGACAGCUGGAAGUGGCCUGGGAGCAGCUUCGCAGAGCUGGGGAGGAGAAAACCUGCCUCCAAACCCUGCUAGAGCAGAAGGUUCAGGAAGGGAGGAAAUCCCAGGAACUCCUGUGGGAGAAAGACAGGGAACUCCAGCUCAGACAGCAAGAAGACCAACAGCACCUUUCCAGUUUGGAAGAGGCUCAGAGCCGGUGCCAGAUCCUGCAUGCAAAAGGAGAAACACUGAGGCUGAAGCUGGAGGACAGCAAGAAGAUGAUAGAUGUUCUAAGGUUGCAGAUGGAGAGCAGCACCCAGAUGGCGAUGCAGCACAGCCGCACCAUUGACAACCUUCACCAAGAGAACAGCCUUCUCAGCAACCAGCUAAACCAGCACAAGCUGGAGAUCCAGCAGCUUAGGACUGAGUUAGAGCGGCACAAAUCAGACCAGUCUGCUGCUAAGCAUGAGAGACAGCAGCUACAGGCCUCUGUGGCUGAGCAAAGGCAGCGUGUCCAGGAAAAGACUCUGGAGAACCAGCAGCUCACCAGCCAGCUGGAGCUCCAGGGCAUGCAGUUACUCACCCUCACUAAGGAGCACAAGGAGCUGCAACAGCUCCACAGCUGUAAGGACGAGGAGUGGGAGGGUAUGGUGCUGAAGCUUCAGCAUCAGCUAAGGAUCACCCAUGAUGAGCUGGACCAGGUCAAGAGCACCGUGAGGACCUUGGAAGGAACUGAUGGGCAUGGCCUCCAAGUAGCCAUGAGCAUGCAGAAGGAAAUCACUGCCAGAAGAGAGCAGGUCGACUCUUUGCAGAGCAAAAUCCACCGUCUUGAGGAGGCUAUGGAAAAGCUGUAUCAGGAGAAGAGCUGCCAAAUCCUGGAGAGCCAGCGUCAGCUCCAGGAGCUUACCUUUGUCAGGGAGGAGAAGAGACAACUCGCCAGUGAGCUAGAGGCCAUUCGCUCCAAAGACCAACAGCUGAGAGAACGGAUCAGCAAGUUGGAGGCAAUCCUUCACAAGAUGUCAGAGAGCUUUGCCGACUGUCAAGAUUUCAUUCAGCUGCAGGAGCAGGAGUUUUUCCAGCUGAAACUCCAACAUGCCCUGGACCUGAAGGAGCUCGAAGGUCAGAAUUUGCGCACAGCUCUGAAUGUAUCUCCACCUGUCCUGGACUCUUUUACCCCGUCUGCACUCACUGCUCCACCCUUUUCCCAGCAUGCCUCUAACACUCAGAUCAAGAGGCAGCAGGACAGCCCUGCCAGGGAGCUCAGGUCUCUCGUUAAAGAGCUACGAGGAGUGAUUUCAGAGAACCACAGACCACACACUGAUAACGGUGCUGCUGACUGCAGCUUCUACAGGAGGAGAUCUGCACCAGAGAGAGUGCACAGAACCACAUUCAGCACUGACAAGGCUGAAGAAAUAAAAGCUGGCUUUGAACUUAGAAGAAAAACGUGCUACAGUGAGCCACAUCUACUGAAUGCCGCUGAGCUGAACAGGAAGACAGCCCACAGCAAAUCCUUCAGUGAGACAAAGUGCCUGCAGCGAGGUACGCCUCCUUUCCCACAGCUCCUCUCACUGGGCCGCAAGUCACCUGUCCACUCUCUGCUGACCUCUGACCCAAACAGCUAACACUGACCUGACACUACACAACAGGCCUGACACUGGUUCCUCGUAUCAGGCCAUGGGGGACUGGACCUGUUCCAGCUGACAUUGAGCGGGAGGCGGUGUACAUCCUGGACAGGAGGCCAGUCUGUCACAGGGCUGACAUGUAGA